AUGAUAUUGCAUCUACUUAUCUCCGUAUUCCUGGCCGGAGUAUCCCUCUCGCUGAUCCAAGCGCACCAGAACGUUUCCACCAUUCUAUCUCACUGCGCUCAACACUGUACGCUCCAAGCCUUCAACCAAAGUACCUGCACGGCAACCAACCACACAUAUGCUGCAGUGUUUAAUAAGUGCGAAAUUGAGAAUUGCACUGCUGCCGAACAAAAUGUCACCAACGCAUUUGCAUUGAGUCUGUGCUCCCAGGUUGGGAGAUACAAGCACAUCAAUUCUACCACUUCGCCCACCGCUGCGAGUGUCAGCAGGACUGCGACGCCAACGGGUAACGGUACCAUGAUAUACAAUAGUACCACAAUGCAUAAUGGCACCUUCAUGGGAAGUCCAGCGCCUUUCACUGGCGGGUCUGGGGUCGUUACAGCAUGUGGAGCGGUAGUGCUAGCAGGGCUCUUGCUUGGUGGAAUGGUGGUAGCAUUAUGA